CAAGAACCUUAUAAAAUUAUAUCUAAAAAAUUAAGAGAUUAUGGAAGUAAACAUACUUCUAGAAUUUAUGGUGGUGAUAAUUAUGCUAUAAGUAAUACAGAAUCAGAGGACUCCAGACCUGAAGAUGAACACAACUCAGACCAGUGUUGGCAAAUAACCUUGAAUGACCUAGGUUACUUCAAAAAAAGGGAAAUAACCUUGAAAUUUGUCAACACUGACUCAGAUCCAAAAUCAGAGUCUAUAGAAAAUGAUGAAAUAUCUGAUAUUAUCAAUAUGUAUAGCUUUAGCAAUGCGCUUUCAGCAAAUUUUGCUAGAUUCAUCACCAAUAUGC